AUGAAAGUUCCCAAGGUGAAGAGCAAAGCGACUUCACCUCAAUGGGCGGUCUGCUGCAACUGUGGUCUGGAAAAAAACAUUGGAGAGUUUCAAUUCUCUCAGAAAGAUCAUCCAACGCCGAAGAAUCGAGCAUGGUGGAAAUUGGUCACUUCAAAACCUACACCAAAGCGGUACAGAUGUGUUAAGCCUCCUGCGCCCUGUCCGAAGUUGAAUCAACUGUUACUUCCAGCGGCACCGGUACUCGAGGAUGCCGAUACGACGAUACGUGAAGCACAGGCAGAUCUGACCAACGGCUUGAAAGUGCAGCAGACAGAUCCAACCGUUGCAGUUCCAGAACAUGGCCAGAACCACACACCAGUGACACAAGUCCAGGAUACAAAACAGGAAGCUGAAUCUGUUGGACAACUGGAGAGUCCCAAACCAGACUUUUCACCUGCAGGACAUACAGCGGCAGUUUGCACAGUGGUCUUCUCACCAGACGGGAAUACAGUGUAUUCAGCAUCCAAAGACCGGACUGUAUGUGAAUGGGAUCCUUUCUCAAAGAUGAUACGACGCACAAUCCGGCACCAUGUCGCGACAGUUGCCGAUGUUGCCGUGUCCAGCGCCACAGGCUCAGCCGCUUGGGCAUUGUUCGGAAACAGGAUUGAGAUACGAGAUGUGGACGAGGCUUCAUCCUACCCUGUCAAACGUAGCCAUGGCGCAGAGUCGUGGAUUUCUGCGGUAUCGUAUUCAUGGGACAACAGGUACGUCGCGUAUGGAUCAGACGACAAGUUUGUUCGGGUAUUGGACCUGGAAGCAAAUCAACUGAAGUGGAAGGAGAAGCGACACGAGGGAUAUAUCUCAUGUAUUGCAUUCUCUAAUGACGGCUCGCGACUGGCGUCCGGCUCUGUAGAUUCGUCUAUCCAAAUAUGGGAUCUGGAGAGUGGUUACGGAGUAGGAACACUGAAUACACGCGAUGGAUGUGCUCGAGCAGUUGCGUUUUCUCCCGAUGCGUCUGUUCUUGCUACUGGAUGCGGCAAAACAAUAUGUUUAUGGAACUUGCAGAAGCUCAAGGUGUCUAUGCGCUUAAAGAAGCAUUACGAUUCAGUUAAUGCGUUGGCAUUCAGUCCGUCAGGUCGUCAGUUGGCAUCUGCAUCUGCAGAUAGAACAAUCGUACUUUGGGACGUCGUGUCAGGACAGCUCUUGCGCCAAAUUAGCGCUCACAGCGGAGAGGUUCUUACAAUUUCUUUUUCGCCGGACGGCAAAAUGGUUGCGUCUGGUUCGGAAGACUGCACGGUCAAGAUGUGGCCUGUUGCAGAGUGUGAAGCACCUCAAACUGGAACAACGUUGGCAGAUGAGCUGGGAGCAGGUACAUCAGAUGAAGAGAAAGCUUCACCGGGGUUGAAGAAAGCAUCGACGACGAAGGUGUCGACUAAGCGAAACUCAAACGCAUCGGAUGCACCUAUUUACAGCUCGCUGGCCGCGGCGGGUGAGUCUGAGGCAAGCAAAUGUUACCUAUGCUUGGGGUUUACCGACGGGAGGAAUACAUCGGAGAGGUGUGUGUGUUGGAAGUGA